GUAAUUUGCCCUAAUCUGCGCCUAACUCUGUCACCAAUGUGUUGUUGAGACGGUGAGGGUGAAAGGACCCUUUUCACUUGGGGAGAUCACGACGGGCAGGAGUAUUACACUGCUAGUGUCUCUUUGAAUAUGUACAUGAUUACACUAUACUGACCACUGUCAUGUCUGAGGGAAUAAUUGGACCGGCCCUUCCACCGGGGUUCAGAGAAGACAGAAGUGACGAUUCGGACGGGGAGUCAGACGAAGCUGUAGGACCAGCUUUGCCUCCGGGCUACCGAGCGAGGGGCAGUUCGGGGUCUUCUGACGACAGCGAGGAGGAUGAGAGGCACUUUAAGAGAGGGAAGCAGAGGGAAGCUUUACCCCAAGGCUAUCCCAUCAAGCCAGACUCCGAGGAGGACACAGAUGGCCCAAAACCCAGCAAGCAGCUGCGGAUACAGAGCACAGACCAGGAGGAUGACAAUGAUGACGGCUUCUUUGGACCUGCACUCCCACCUGGAUAUCAAAAAAGGCAUGAGUCUCCUGAGAGGCCUGUUGUUGGACCAGCGUUGCCCCCUGGCUUUCGAAAACCAGACCACGAUGAGGAAGAUGAAGACUACACAGGCCCUGCAUUGCCCCCUGGCUACAGUGAAGCAGCCUCUGGUAGUGAUGAAGAGGAAGUUAUUGGUCCUUUGCCUUCCAAAGGGCCAGUGGAAUACAAUGUUGCCAUGGAGUUUGAACGCAGGGCCCAAAAGAUGAAAGAAAAGCUUACUUCUGGAGAUGAUGGAUCCAAGGACCUUGCGCGGGAGAGCUGGAUGACUGAACUCCCCCCAGUACUGCAGCACAUUGGCCUGGGAGCCAGGACUUUUAAAAAGCGUGCUGGCCCAGAGUCCAAAGACCGGUCAUUGUGGACAGAGACGCCGGCCGACAAGGAGAAGAAAAUAAGGGAACGGCUUGAAGGAAAAGAGACCUCUGAACCAGAUAAGGAGGAAGAUGUCCAGGUUUCAGAAAGAGACAGAAGACUUGCAGAGCAGGUCUCCAUCCACAAUAAUUCAAAGCGGUCUGAGUCCCUUAUCAACAUGCACAGCAAGAAGCUGAAGAAGAAGGCCAAGGCCGAUGCAGAGAAGGCCAAGGAGAGGAGGGCCUUCGACCGAGACCAGGACCUGCAGGUGAACCGCUUUGACGAGGCCCAGAAGAAGGCUGUCCUGAAAAAGUCUCAGGAGCUCAACACGCGCUUCUCACACAGCAAAGGCAGCAUGUUCUUGUAGAAACAUGCCCUCCAUGGAGCUUCAGAUGAGGGGUCUUUUCAUUCUGCUGUGGGCCAGUGGAGGAAAUGUAGUGGCAGCAGAUAAUUUCCUAGUAGCAGGAACUGGCAGUAAAAAAUUAUUUUCUUAACUGGAACUAAUUUCGCAUGGCUCCUCACUGGCAACUACCCCCAAUCGGCACCAGUCCUGAGUGAAGCCAUACCAGGCUCCUCACUGGCAACUACCCCCAAUCGGCACCAGUCCUGAGUGAAGCCAUACCAGGCUCCUCACUGGCAACUACCCCCAAUCGGCACCAGUCCUGAGUGAAG